GAGGAUGGGGGAGCCCAAAUCAAAGCCCCAGCACGAGGUUCUGGGGAAAUAACCUCUCAUUCGGUGGCCCACAUGCAGCUUUCCUCAGGGUGUGAGGAACAUCACGCUUCCUCUCAGUCAGCCUCUCUUCCCUCAAAUUUUAAAGCUUCAGCCUCAACCCGCUUCCCACCGAGCUCUUGCCUUAGUGCAGGGACUACUUCCGUCCUGCUGGAAACCCUGUGCUUUGACUAGCUGAGGAAAAAGGUUCAUCCUACAAACUCCUUACUCAUGGCCUGGCUCCCAACCUCCAAGAGGAGACAGAAUCCAUCAGAGAGGAGUACCGGAUACCAAGCAUCCAAAUCAAUCGAUCAUUUCUUCCUUCAAUCCGGUUCAGAAAUAGAAGUAGGUCCCUCCUGUCUUAAGAGCAACCCUGACAUCUGUGCAGUGGAUCUCUCCCACCUUUCUCGCGUCUGAAAUCUUAGUACCCCAACCACGGAUCGGACACAGGCCCCCAGCAGUGAAAGCACCGAGCCCUAACCACUGGACCACCAGGGAGUUCCCUGUAUCAUUUUUUUAGAUUACGCAUUUGAUUCCAGGAGUGAAUUCUCAGAAUAAGCAAAUGUGUUUUGACUGGGGUCCAGGGGAGAUGCUGGUGUGUGAAACCUCUUUCAACAAAAAAGAAGAAUCAGAGAUGGUGCCCGGUUGCCCCUUUAUCCACAUAAUCCGAAAGAAUGAAGAUAUAUACUCUCACAUCCUGAGAAAACUCUUCAAUGAAUCACAUGGAAUCUUUGUGGGCCUCCAGAGAAUUGAAGAAGAGUUGACUGGAAAAUCCAGAAAAGCUCAAUUGGUUCGAGUGAGUAAAAACUACCGAUCAGUCAUAAGAGCAUGCAUGGAGGAAAUGCAUCAGGUUGCAAUUGCUGCUAAAGAUCCAGCCACUUGCCGCCAGGUUAGCAGCCAGGUCUCCAGUUUGUCGGCAAUGGAGCUCAUUUGGAACCUUUGUGAGAUUCUUUUUAUUGAAGUAGCCCCAGCUGGCCCUCUUCUCCUUCACCUCCUUGACUGGGUCCGACUACACGUGUGUGAGGUGGACAAUUUGUCGGCAGAUGUUCUGGGCAGUGAGAAUCCAAGCAAACAUGAGAGCUUCUGGAACUUGGUGACCGUCUUGGUGCUGCAGGGCCGGCUGGAUGAGGCCCGACAGAUGCUCUCGAAGGAAGCUGAUGCCAACCCGCCCUCUGCGGGCAUGUGCCGAGUCCUCGGGGACCUGAUGCGGACACUGCCCGUUCUCAGCCCUGGUAACACUCAGACGCUAACAGAGCUGGAGCUGAAGUGGCAGCACUGGCAUGAGGAAUGUGAGCGGCACCUCCAGGACGGCACGUUUGCCUCCAGUCCUCACCUCGAGUCUCUCUGCAAGAUCAUGCUGGGAGAUGAAGCUGCCCUGUUGGAGCAGAAGGAGCUUCUGAGUAACUGGUAUCAUUUCCUAGUGACCCGGCUCCUAUACUCUCACCCCACAGUGAAGCCCAUGGAUCUGCAAUUCUAUGCCCAGUCCAGCCUUGACCUGUUUCUGGGAGGUGAGAGCAGCCCAGAGCCCCUGGACAACAUCUUGAUGGCAGCCUUUGAGUUUGACAUCCACCAAGUGAUCAAGGAGUGCAGCAUCGCCCUGAGCAACUGGUGGUUUGUGGCCCAUCUGACAGACCUGCUGGAUCACUGCAAACUCCUGCAGUCGCACAACCUCUACUUCGGAUCCAACAUGAGAGAGUUCCUCCUCCUGGAAUACGCCUCAGGGCUCUUCGCUCACCACAGCCUGUGGCAGCUGGGGGUGGAUUACUGUGACUGCUGCCCUGAGCUGGGCCGAGUUUCCCUGGAGCUGCACAUUGAGCGGAUCCCUCUGAGCACGGAGCAGAAGGCCCUCAAGGUGCUGCGGGUUUGCGAGCAGCGGCAGAUGACUGAGCAAGUUCGCAGCAUUUGUAAGAUCUUGGCCAUGAAAGCUGUCCGCAACAACCGCCUGGGCUCUGCCCUCUCCUGGAGCAUUCGAGCCAAAGAUGCCGCCUUUGCCACGCUAGUGUCAGACAGGUUCCUCAGGGAUUACUGUGAGCGAGGCUGCUUUUCUGAUUUGGAUCUCAUUGACAACCUGGGGCCAGCCAUGAUGCUCAGUGAUCGACUGACGUUCCUGGGCAAGUACCGCGAGUUCCAUCGGUUAUACGGGGAGAAGCGUUUUGUUGAUGCUGCUUCUCUUCUCCUGUCAUUGAUGACGUCCCAGAUUGCCCCCCGGUCUUUCUGGAUGACACUCCUAACAGACGCCCUGCCCCUUUUGGAACAGAAACAGGUGAUUUUUUCAGCAGAGCAAACAUAUGAGCUGAUGAGAUGUCUGGAGGACCUGACCUCAGGAAGACCAGUGCGUGGAGAGCCUGAGGCCCAGCAACUCCAGGAUGAUGACGUAGAGACGACCAAGGUGGAAAUGCUGAGACUUGCUCUUGCACGAAAUCUUGCUCGGUCAAUUAUAAAAGAAGGCUCGUUGGAAGGUUCCUGAGGCUGGCUCCAACAUGUAUCUUUGUAAGGCAAUGUAUAUACAUUUUUAAAAGAAUAAAUGUUUUCUUUUGCAAAUAUAA